GAUCACAACAACAGCCAUCACCGGCCGGGACCCGCAACCCUGGUGUCAAAAUAAUGGCUAAAUACCUCCAGUUAACCAGCACUAUAGGCAUCAUGUGAUCCAUACAUGCACUUCAAAUUAUUGGAAGAACCAGCCGCCAAAAACGUAAGUCUUGUAAACGAAAGAGAAGUGAUAAUCUGAGGCCAUCAACCUCCAUCCUUCACUCACGACCAGUAAGGUAAACAUCAGGAAACAAUACUCAGACCCUCCCCCUCUCUGCCUAACUCUUAACAGUGCCGCGUAUCCCAACAUUACCACUCGUGCAGUCAUCAGCAAGGGUAAAACCUUAACCCAAACUGUAUAUCAUAAACAAAACAGUAUGCAACAUUAGUCAUAGGAAAAUAUCCCCCCCCAGGCCUAAUUGGCCUUCCCAGUGAGGAUAUUCUCCCCUAGAGAUCCCAAAUGUCACAAGAUGGCUCCCGCAGCCAUCUGGAGGAGAUGACGUUCACACAAGCUGCACAAAUCGUAAAUAAGACGAAGCCUCACCAGUGUCCCGAUUGUUUGAAAACGUUCAGCCGUCUUGAUAAUAUGAAGACUCACAGGAUGGUGCAUACUGGUGAUAGGCCUAAGCCUCACCAGUGUCUCGAGUGUGGUAAAACAUUCAGUCACAUUGGGCAUAUGAAGAGACACAUGAUGGUGCAUACGGGUGAUACGCCGUAUGAGUGUCCGGAGUGUGGCGAAAAAUUUAGUCAACAUGUACAUAUGAAGACUCACAUGAUGGUACAUACAGGUGAAAAACCUCACGAGUGUCCCGAGUGUGGGAAAAGAUUUGGCCGUCUGGAUGUUAUGAAGACUCAUAGGAUGGUGCACUCGGGUGACAAACCUCAUCCGUGUCCGGUGUGUGGGCAGAGAUUCAGGCAACUUGGAAAUAUGAAGAUUCACAUGGUGGUGCAUACAGGUGAUAAACCUCAUAAGUGCCCUGAGUGUGGGAAAAGAUUCAGUUAUCUUGGAGCUAUGAAGAAGCACUUUAUGGUGCAUAUGAGUAAUGAACCGUUUGAGUGUGCCGAGUGUGGAAGAAGAUUCAAAGAACGUGACAGUAUAAUAAACCACAUGGUAGGCCAUGUGGGUGAUAAACCUCAUGAGUGUCCAGCAUGUGGGAAAAGAUUUAUGCAUCAUAACAACAUGAGAAGUCACAUAUUAGUGCAUUCUUGCGAUAAAUCUCACUAGUCCUGGUGUCCUGUCUCGAUGGAAAAUAUCUAAUUAACUAUAUUAAUUUUAAAAGUCACCAGAAUCUGUGUUGGAUAAAAUGUAUCAUAUUAGUAGUAUUUAAUGAGAUGCAUAUCAAGCCAUGAACUUCCUUCUUGUCCAAUAUAUUUUUUUAAUAUUGUGAGUUUCAUCGUGAAAAUAUUGUACUAUCAACUUAUCUGUUGACCUCCUUACAAAGGUAUUUUGAGUGUUUGAGUUUUGUAUGAGAAAUACACUUGUCCAUUGUGGGCAGAGCUUUGCAGCUUAUAAUAUUUUAGUUAUAUUUUCAGCUUUUCUUAUUAAAGUACAGUACUGUAGUUAGAUGGAUCUCAUAGAUCAAGUAAGUGCCAGGGGCCAGAUUCACGAAGCAGUUACGCAAGCACUUACGAACGUGUACAUCUUUCCUCAAUCUUUGACGGCUUUGGUUACAUUUAUUAAACAGUUUACAAGCAUG